GAAACUACCUAAUUUUCGCGAGUCCCUCCCGGGAGUGCGUCACUGCGGGUUUGCCUGACGAUGGAUGGAUACAGCUGAGAUAAAAAAAGAUCAACAUCGCUUGAUGGUAUCUCCUCAGACAGCCAACUUGCGUCUUUGUUCCGUAUUGAUUUAUUGGUGUCCUGUCUUCUUUUCUUCUUAUCACCACUGACUUUGCGGCGUACAUUGUUUGAGAGUGGGUAACAAGUGACUGACAUCGUGUUUGCAACUGUUUGCAUUGGGCUUGCCUCGCCUUCACUUACAAGUUACAACACCCACAAGCCGUCUACGAUAUCGCCAAAGCACAGCACCGACAGCUCGUCGACGACAGCCGGAGUUCGCCUGCCAUGGACGGCGACGUGGUGGCUCAGUUUUCUGAGAUUACUGGCUCCUCCCCGGAGCUGGCGAUUCAGUACCUCCAGUUGACGGAAUUCAAUAUCGAACAGGCGAUGCAGCUCUACUUUGAGAACGGGGGGGCACCGCUGGCUGAGGAGCCCUCUGUAUCGACCUCUGGACCCCAGCAUUCUGCACAUACUGCUACAGGAUACGAGGGUAGAUCCGGAGUCGUCAAUCUAGAUUCUGAAGAUGAUCUUGCCAUCGACGAGACGAGAUCCACUCCCCCGCAAAAUCAGGCAACACACACAUCAUCGGGGGCACAUACGUUUGAGGAUGAUGCAGCCAUGGCCCGCCGUCUACAGGAAGAACUGUAUGCCGGUCAAGACAAUACGGAUGGCGUGCGAGCACCGAUGGCCCGCACCACGGAGACUCUGGUAGGCCCGGGUGCGGACUUUGACGAUGGUGAUAUGCAUGCCAGUCUACUAGGCCAGCUUCGCACUCGUCAGUCGAGAAGGGGCCGUCCUGGUAUCUUCAAUCAAAGAGACACUGCGUCUAUAUGGACUGGGGUUGAAGGUGGCGAGGCCUCGCAGCGCGAAAGACUCGCUGCGGCAACUGGCGGGGCUUCUGAGGCUUCCGCGAAAUCUAACAUGCUUGCCGAAAUGUACCGUCCUCCGUUCGAACUCAUGUCGAAGCUGCCGUGGGAUAUGGCACGUGAGGAGGGCCGUGAUGAUGAGAAAUGGUUGCUGGUCAAUAUACAGGAUCCUUCGAUCUUCGACUGCCAGCUAUUGAACAGAGAUCUCUGGAAGGAUGAAGGCGUGAAGGAGACUGUGAAAGAACACUUCAUCUUCCUGCAAUUCGCCAAAGAUGACCCUCGUGCUUCCCCUUACCUGCAGUACUAUUUUCAGGAUAGCGAUGUAUCUGACAACUAUCCCCAUAUCGCUAUUGUUGACCCUCGAACAGGCGAGCAAGUGAAGGUCUGGUCGGGCCCCCCGGUGUUAAAAGCUGCCGAGUUUUUGAUGCAGCUCCAUGAAUUCCUCGACAGAUACAGUCUAAAGCACAACGUCCGGAACCCCGUCGCCAAACGCAAGGUGGAGAAGAAGGAGAAGAGCAUUGAUGCAAUGACCGAGGAAGAAAUGAUGGAAAUGGCGCUGAGGAACAGCUUGGGUGAAGGGGCAGGCGCCCACCAGAGGAUGGCUGACCCUGAUGACUUGACCCGCAGCAUGGAAGAUAUCAAGGGCAAGGGGAGAGCUGUCGACGAGGAUGUCGCCAUGAGUGAACUUGGAGAGGAAGAGGAGGAUGAGGGAGAGGGCCACGAACCGAGCGUUUUUCACUAUAUUCCUGGCGAUUGCCCCCACACAGAACCUGCGGCUGAUCCAGCGACCACUACCCGCAUUCAAUUCCGUCACCCGUCUGGCCGAGUGAUUCGACGUUUUGCGCUCUCGGACCCCGUCCAGCGCAUCUAUGAGUGGCUGAAAGCAGACCCUCCGCUAGAAGACAAAGCUGGCGUGGAGUUCGAGCUGAAUGCAAUGGGACGGAACUUGAUAGACCAGCUCGACACUACUAUCGAGGAUGCCGGUCUGAAGAACGGAACUGUGAUGAUAGGAUACCUAGAAGACUAGGUUGACUUCUUAUGGCGGUCGAUGAGCGAAACGCAUGAUAAACCACUCGAUGCUUAUGCAUUUGAAGAGGCGUUGGCAGGGGUACAUGGUUUACAGGGCCUGGGGAUUGUUUGCCAGAGGGGUGAAGUUGUACAGACUUUAUACCUCCUUCAACUUGAGCUGGGGUUACUACAUAAUUUAAUUAAAAAAACAACUCUUUAUCCUGCAGAGAAAAAAAGCAGUGGACAUAAUAUUAUAAGAAAGAGAGAGUAUCUAUCAGGACUUGUUUAUAUGUUAAGCGCCCAACUUUAUCUAAAUAGCACAAGAUCACGCGUUGCUGAACCAAACAAAACAAACUAUAU